CAGAGGUCCCCGGCGGCGGAAGUUGUCACUUCCAGAGAGACGCUGCCCACGCCGUGCACCCGGCAGUAAGCUCGUCAUGGCGAUGGGAGGAGGUGGUGGCGUCCCGGAGCAGGAGGACUCCGUGUUAUUCCGGCGCGGCACAGGCCAGAGUGAUGAUUCUGACAUUUGGGAUGAUACAGCAUUGAUAAAAGCUUAUGAUAAAGCUGUGGCUUCGUUUAAGCACGCUCUAAAGAAUGGUGACAUUUCUGAAGCUUCAGAUAAACCAAAAGGCACACCUAAAAGAAAACCUGCUAAGAAGAAUAAAAGCCAAAAAAAGAAUGCUACAACACCCCUGAAGCAGUGGAAAGUUGGUGACAAAUGUUCUGCCAUUUGGUCAGAAGACGGCUGCGUUUACCCAGCUACCAUUGCUUCAGUUGAUUUUAAGAGAGAAACCUGCGUUGUGGUUUAUACCGGAUAUGGAAAUAGGGAGGAGCAAAAUAUGUCUGAUCUACUUUCCCCAGCCUCUGAAGUAGCUAAUAAUAUAGAACAGAAUGCUCAGGAGAAUGAAAACGAGAGUCAAAUUUCAACAGAUGAAAGUGAGAACUCCUCCUCCAGGUCUCCUGGAAAUAAACCCAAUAACAUCAAGUCAAAAGCUGCUCCAUGGAACUCUUUUCUCCCUCCACCGCCCCCCAUGCCAGGAUCGGGACUGGGACCAGGAAAGCCUGGUCUAAAAUUCAGUGGCCCACCACCACCUCCACCACCACCACACUUCUUAUCAUGCUGGCUGCCUCCAUUUCCUUCUGGACCACCAAUAAUUCCCCCACCACCUCCCAUAUGUCCAGAUUCUUUUGAUGAUGCUGAUGCUUUGGGAAGUAUGUUAAUCUCUUGGUACAUGAGUGGCUAUCAUACUGGUUACUAUAUGGGUUUCAAACAAAACCAAAAAGAAGGAAGGUGCUCACAUUUCAAUUAAAGAGAAGCAAGUGAAGUCAUGAGAGAUUCAAAAUGGGAAAAUUACAUGGCAGAUAAAAAACAAUCUGGAGAAUUCUGAGUUAAUUUCACUGUAAAAUAUCAAACAUUUCAGCAAUUAGAGAAAAUUCCAAAUUCCUGUCAGAAUUAGCCACAUAAUUAUCCUUUUUCAACAAUAACAGAGUUAAAACAAAGCUGAUCCAUGAUGUAAUAAUCAAAGAAUUGGUCCACUCUGAGCUUAAAGGUUCAGGUUCUCCAACUAACUGGUGAGCUGCGUGAACUUGGACACUCUCCAGGGAUCAGUUUUCUCUUUUAUAAAGUAAGAGCACAGACUCCGUAAGGUCUCCAAUUUUGCACAAAACAUUUACACAGUAGAAAUACUAUACAAAGAAACAAAAGCAGUGACAAAUCU